AUGACUGAAAAAAUGCAUGAAUUGAAAAUUACAAUAUUUACUGAUAAAGGGAGAUCAACAAUAAGUGGUAUAGAUUUUCCUCUACCUGUAUUACCUUAUCCUGCUCCAUAUACUUUUAGAUUAUAUGGAUACAAAAUUGAAGGCCCAAAUUUAACCAAUAAAGAAUUUAAAGUAAAAACAGGUAAAAUUGAAUACAAAGGAGAAGAAUUUGAUAUUCCUCCAUCAUCUAAGGGCUCAUGGAGAGGAGUAGAUGAAGAAAUGGAUUUAACCUAUGUUACAAUAUAUCCAAAUAUAUUCUCAAAUCCAAAAACAGAGAUUGGUUAUUAUCCAAAUAUUGAUAAAGCAAUUUUCACAACUACAGUCACAACUUUAGCUAAAACCACUAUUGAUUUAAUAUUCAAUGAAAACAGUUGGAAUCAAAAUAAAUCAAAACCAAUUUCAAUUUAUAAUUUAAAUGGUAAUUCAAUUGAAUUGAAAUUAUUUUAUAGUGUAUUAGAAAACAGUUUUAAAUGUAAUGAAAUCCAAUUCGAUGAAUGGAUUGAAUUAGUUACAAAAUCAAAUGGAAAAUCUUCAAAAAGAUAUUCAACAUUCCACAUUCUCAAUAAUCAAAAUUAA